AUGGAAACCUCCUCGGUUCCUCAGGUGUACACUCAGCCCAUCCAACGCACGUCAACCGAAAGCGAGGCUGAACUGUUGGGAUUUUCCCAAAGCAUGUCUUCCAUUCAUUGCAUCAUUGAAGAAGAAGACGAGGAUGUGGCAGAGGAACAAGAAACAGAACACAAUUAUGAAGAUGAACACAGUGAAAUGGAUUCAGACAAGGAUGAUGAAAUUGAUUCAGACGGUGAACUAAAUGAUGAUGAUGAUGAUGACGAGAACGAACAUACUAGUGCUGAUAACAGCAGUGUUCCAAUCGUCGAUCCAUUCGAUUUGGACGAUGAUAUCGAGGAUGAAACGGAAAUCGAUUCUGAUGAUGAAGACGAGGUGGAACUGAUCCGAUCCAUGACUCUUCAGGAUCAGCAGGGUUUGAAUCAUAAGACGAAAAAGUCACUACAGGAUCAAAUGCGUCUAACUCAGCAACAAGACAUUGUCAGAGAGCUGGAAAGCGGCAAUGAUUCCUCGGAUAUGGAUGAACCGGAUUGGUUUCAAAUGAAUGACAAUGACGGAGCAAAUACCUUUGGGGCCUCCUCCAUGACCUUUUCCAACAGUGAAUAUUCCUCCUCUUAUUUAUCCGUCGAACCCACUGUACAACCAUUAAAAGGCAGUGGCUGCAGUAGUAUGGAUUUCGAUGACAAGUAUCGUGACAUGAGUCCCCCCAGAAUGCAAGACAAUACCAGUUCCCCAACGAUAGAGCCGCUGAAAGGAAGUCUGAGGGAUUGGGACACCCACGAGAAAUAUCGUGACAUGAGUCCACCGCGCAGAAAUGAUUCCGAUUCGAGUUUUAUCGAACCAAUUGUAGAACCAUUGAAGGGAGGAAGCAGUAUGGUGGAGUUGAACGAUAAAUAUCGGGACAUGAGUCCACCCAGGAGGAGCGCUGGUGUGAGUCCACCCAGGAGGAGCGCUGGUGUGAGUCCACCAAGGAGGAGCACUGGUGUGAGUCCACCCAGAAGGAGUCGCCUUGAUCCGAGUAGGAGUGAACGGGGAUUCCGAACCUAUGGUGGUGGUGGACUUUCUUCUCGAGGAGGCUUUGGAGGAGGAGGAGAAAGAAAUGGUUUGAGUCAAAGCGAACGAGGACAACGGACAUUUUUUGGUGGUGAUGGUCCGCGAGGACGAUUGGGGAGGGUGGGGCCGUCACCACCAUCAUCAUCACAGCACGACGAGCUGAAUCGUAGCGAACGGGGAUUGCGAACGAUAGGUGCCGACUUGAGUCGCAGUGAACGGGGACUCCGGACCGUGGGUGCCGAUUUGAGUCGGAGCGAACGGGGAUUGCGGACUGCCUUUGGUAGUGGUGCGAUGACAAGUCCCAGCAAAAAGAGAUUUGUGACCAAAACCUUGGGUGCCGAUCUGAGUCGAAGCGAACGUGGGCUGAGGACAGUGGGGGCUGAUCUGAGUCGAAGUGAACGGGGACUUCGGACGAUUGAUACUUCAUCAUCGUGCGAUAUGAAUCGAAGUGAACGGGGAUUACGAGUUUUUGGUGGUGCGGAUCUGAGUCGAAGCGAACGGGGACUACGGUCCAUUGGCGCCGAUAUGAGUCAGAGUGAACGGGGUUUUCGAACCAUUGGCGGUGGUAGUGGUGGUGGACCAAGGCCAUGGAUGGCUCAAUUAGUCAUCGAAGCACUGAGAAAGGCAGCCAACGGGAGCAACAAGUAUCCUGAUCCCAGCAGCAACAGCAAAUCGACCCAAAGUACAAUUACCAACAACCACAUUGAACUCUUGCAACAACGCAAGAAUGAUAAGAGCCACGAGAAGGAAGCAGUGAAUGGUACAUCAUCAGUUCCCAAGAAACAAAUCUUCAAGAGCGUGGCCGAGAGAUUGUUUGCUGCACGUAACGACUAUUACUCGUCGCCUGACCCUUCGCGUCGAACCAAGACUGGUUCCGAGCCAUCGAGUUCGAAGCUGCUGCCGUCGCAGAAGCAGGAUUCCGUCGCAGAAGAGAAUCCAUAUCGCACACCCGAAAUAUCCGAACAUGGAAUGAUUGGAGGAACAUAUGACCAGAACGAUGGUGUGACGGCUCCACCACAAAUAACAGCCGCACCGUCGACCGUCCAAGAAAUGGUUCAAGAUUAUCGCAUAUUGGCGGGUCGACUCAAGUCGCUCAUUCCUUCAGUUUCCAUUUACCAUCAAGCCAAGCAAGAAUUGAGGGACGCCAGAGUACAAUUCUUGGAUAAUUGCGAUGAUUUGUUCUCAGAUAUUGCCAAUGGUGAAGCUGAUAAAUUGAUACGACAAUGGUUUACGAGCUUAAAGCAGCAACAUGAAGAGGCGGAGGUGGAGGAAGAGUAUUCGGGACUCAAUGAUGAACCAAAAGAAUCCCCACCAGCCCAUGAAUCGCUUGAGCCUCGUGAAAUUUUGGAUUACGUCGUUGAAUGGGAAGACAUUGUAUCGACACAUAUCAGUGAGGAUGUUGGGAUCUUGAAGAAAUUGAAAGCCGAGAAGGAUCACUAUGACAGCAAAAUCAGGAAGCUUAGACGGCGCAUGUCAUGGUUGUCUUUCAGCAAGAAACCCCCAACAAACGAAGGUUCUGAUAGCGAAAAUACGGGAGGCUGGGGUCAGUCCAAGCUGGAUCGAAACAGGAACAAACAAAGCUCUGCUUCUCAAAGCUAUGAUGCCAAGGAGAAGGAGGUUGCUUUUCUACUGCAGCAAGUGACAUACUAUGGUUGGAAGGAUUUGUAUCCAUUAGUCGAGGCCACAAUGCAGGAAGAGUGUCGACGGUUCAAGGAGGAAGAAGGUGGUCCGUUUGGAAAAUUCAUGCCACCAGCCAUUGCCGAGGUUGAAGGAGUUCUUGCUGACGCAUUCGGAGUGAAUGCAGAUUCCAAUUCCCAAGAAUCGAAGCCACUCCUUGUGCUUGAUGAUACGUCUCCACAUGCCACUGUUGCUUGGAUGUCGAUGUUGGAACACGAGCCAAACCCGUCAAACCCAAUCUUGUUUGAUCUCCAAUCGCCGGGCAGUGACGACGGCCGCCUACAAGAGAAGAAGGGUGCGGUAAAUGUUCGGAAAAUGCAGGAAGAGCAUCAACUGGACGAGAGUACUCCUUUCUUGAUUCAUAAAGGGAGGGUUUUGUUUGGGACCUUGCCCUUGGCCGAAUAUACGGAUCAAUGCUGGAAGGAUCAACAAGCCUUGGUUCCAUCUGAUCCACUGGAGAAAUACAACAUGAACAAAUUCUUGCGCCAACAUGUCAAGAUGGAGCAGAUUUGGAACGACACCCUGGUGUUCUGGUUGGAAUGGCACUGUGGCGAGAAUUCCGUUGCAAAGCAGACAAGCAGCGCCUAUGCACAAAAAAAGCAAGAAUUGGAAUUGAACACACAACGAAUCGUUACAAAAGUGGAACAAAUUGCUCUGGCAGAAUUUCCUGGCCCCUAUUUCUGUGGUCAGCGAUUCACCUUGGCCGAUAUUCAUUUGUUUGCGUAUUGGGAACACAUUUUGCUGUUGUUGACCAUGAUGCAAAUGCGUGAUCCGCAAGUCGAAACAGGUGGAAACGACGAUAGUAGUACCAAGGGCAUUCGUCAUGACUGGGCCUUCCAUGCGUCCAAGUUGCCACGUCUGUCGACUUGGUACGAGAAUGUAUCCUCCCGUCCUUCUGCACUCGCCAUCCAGCAAUCCAUCGGCACUCGUCGUUUCUCCUCCAUGACCCAAGACGGGAAACACACAAGUAACGAAAUGAAACAAGAGAAUAGGGAGAGACGACUGGAUCAUUUGACCAAGCACUACAAGUCCUUGCAACAAUGUGCAGCAACCCUCUCCAAAUGA